GAACGGGUAAUAGUUUCAAUGUGAUUUAAAUAAUAUAAAAUAUUCGACUUUAUAAUUUAUAAUCAUAUUAUCAUAUUAACCAGCAGUAAAAGAAACGUGUGCAUAUGUUCAAGGUCAUAGGUAAAAGACAAGGAAGUAUUUUAAAAAGUGAAGUAGUGAUUUCAAACAAAAGGCGUUUAAACAGGAAAGUUUAAUAUAAAAACAGACUGUGAUACAAGUAUUUUAUGGUAUUCAUUUUAAAUAACAGCUACACAAUGUCCAAUAAGUUUGAAACUUUAAAAUAUCACCAUGAGGAAGGUUCAGACAAUGAAGAUGAGAUUGGUCCAAAUAUUACCGAUUUGGGUCCCAUUGACUAUCCUCCUGGAGAACAUAGGCUACAACAUGCCUAUUGCCUUUGGUUUUCAAAAAGACCAUCUCAGAUACAAGGGUCUCAAAAUUACAGUCAAGCCUUAAGGUUGAUUGGUCAAGUAGGGACAGUGGAACAGUGGUGGGCACUAUAUUCACAUAUUGUUAGAAUAAUUGAAAUACCUGCACAUAGAGACCUACAUCUUUUCAAAAAAGGAAUAAAACCUAUGUGGGAAGAUGUAGCCAAUAAAAAAGGUGGAAAAUGGGUAAUAAGAUUAAAGAAGGAACAAGCAGGUAGAGCAUGGGAAAAUUUAUGUAUGGCUAUGUUAGGAGAGCAAUUUAUGGCUGGGAACGAGAUUUGUGGAGUAGUAGUUUCAACAAGGUAUCAAGAAUACUUAUUAAGUGUUUGGCAUAGGAAUGCUUCUGAUCAACCUAUGAUUGCGAAAAUCAGAGAUGCGUUAAAACGGUUGUUAAAUAUACCAUCCAGUGCCACAAUGGAAUAUAAAAUUCACAGUGACUGCCUCAAAUACGGGGCAUCCAAACAAAAUAACAUUGUAAAAAGUUGACUUGCCAGGCAUUCUUAGUUUCAUUUAAAAAGUAUUUAUUUCAGGACUUGAUGACAAUUUAAGUGUAAAAUGUAAUCUGGUAAUAAAAUGUAAACAUAUAUAUAAAUUCAAUAUAUUUGUUAAAACGUUUAA